AAAAGUGGGCAUAAUUCCCCUGGAAUAUCUAUCUAGUACUUUACACAUCCAUAGCUGUCAAACUGUUUUACAAAGGUUGAUAAGUAUCAAUACCCCCCACCCCAUUUUACAUAGAUGGAAACUAAGGCAAAGAGGUCACCCAGUAGUCAAUUGGCAGAUCCUGUAAGAGCUCAGAUCAGUUCCCAGUCUAGAGCCUUAUCCAGUGGUCAAUCCUGCCUCUCCACUGAAGUCAGUAUUAGCAAUGCCUACAGCGUUGACUUUGAACCUGAGAACCCAAACGACGCGUGAACACUCCAAAGUCCAAGAAGUAUGAUCUCCAAUCCUUAUGUCUGUCAUGGAAAGCGAGUGUGGCAGCUGCAGGUCAUUGUGUUCAGGAGUGCAAGAUGUUUGAUUAGUUUUGUUUUAAAAUUGACUUUUUCAGUACAGUGCUGGGAGAGUAUCUCAAAUAAAAUAAUGAUGGCUACCCCCAGGAUCUGGAUGGAAAUUUUGCCGAAGCACUCACUACAAAAUCGGAUGCAGCCAACUGGAGGGAUGGAAGAAAGGAAGAGUUUUUAACUGAUCCUAAUGACAGAAUCAGUUCAAUGUGGAAAGUGGAAAAGACCCUGUUUUUUUCCAAACUCUCCUUCAUCUAAUCACUGACACCCAUAACUCUGGAGAGUGGAGAUCAUCAACCAUAUUAGCAAGAGAUAAAACAAGCUUGCCAGAUCACCCAGGAAUAAAUCAUCUGCAAUGUGAUAGGUUGGCAGAAAAUUCACCUCCUUUGUUCAAAAACGAAAGCCUGUAUAGAGCUAAGCCUGGCAGCAACUUAGAUCUGUCAGUUCCAGAAGAGGACUAAAGAGAUUUGGGCAAAUUAAAACUCUGACAGCAUAAGAAGUUAUAACAACAAAAAAUAGUCUCUAACAGGGGCAUGUGAGAAAUUACUUCCAAAGGCUCCUGUAGAGCAGUUUGCUUAACCAAGAGGAGUGAAGGUCUCAUAACCAACACAACUGUGCUUUCUCUACAGAACUCUGGUCAGAAUUCACUUUCAGGUGUAAAUUCCCUUUCUGGAUUUUCUUCAUGAAAUGGGUGAAGGAAGGCAACAUUUUAACGGUGAAUAGAGAAAAUGGACAAAACCUGAGAGUGAGCAAUGACUGAGAUUUAUUUUAAAUACCGUGGAAAUCUUACUGGCCGUGUCCACUUGCCAACCCUGUCUACAGAAGUAAACACAACAGCAGAUAAAUAUGCCAACCUGUACAUGUAUGUUGGCUUGUUCCUAACGCUCCUGGCCAUCCUUCUCAUACUGCUCUUCACCAUGCUCUUGCGCUUAAAGCACGUGAUCUCCCCAAUCACCACCUCUCCAGAAAGCACAGAAAAUGUUCAGCAGUUUACGGAUGUAGAAAUGCACAGCAGGAUUCCUAGCAUUCAAUGAGACAGAAGCAAGAGGAAGGAGGAAGGAAUUGCAUGGUUCACAAAGCACCUUUUGUUUGGCAAAAUAUGCAUGUGCUUUGUGGGGAGGAGAACCCCCACCUGCCCACUCUGCUCUGCAAUGUACUGCACCUGAUAGGGCAGAAUCAUUUGACUCAUUUGUGAAUUGACAGUCAUAAGAUAUCCAGUAGGCUUAGGACACUCCUGCCCCCUGAAGACUGCAAGCAACAUGUGUUGAGAAGUUUGGUUUCUAGGAGAAUAUAGAGCACACGUCCUAAAUAAAAUCUAGACCACAGAAGUCCCGUUGCUCUCAGGAGAGACUCAGCUCCUCCUGAAAAGAUUUAAUGCAAAUGAUAAAAACUACUAUAAUGACAGCCAAAAAACCAAAAACUUACAAGAAUAUUUUCUGAAAGAUGUAUUUGCUGAGUUAUCUUCCCCUCUAUUGCUAGAGGAGAGUCCUCGCCUGAUAAGAGACUUGAACUCAAAGUUAAUUUGUGGCGCAGGCUCAAAGAGCCCACAGGGCACAUAUGAAAAAUGAAUAGUGGUGUGAAAAUCCCCAGACAUCCAUCCCAUUCAAGAAGGAAAAUCUUAAAUGGUGUUUUUUUCCACUUGGAAUAGCACAUUUGCAAAAUGCAAUUUUGGAAAUAGAGACAUGUUCCUGCUAUAAGGCCAAUGUGCAUCAUAUACUGGGGCUAUUACUUUCAGACAUUAAGAAUCAAACAAACAGUGAAUAGUGCAUUCCAAUUAUCAGAAGGAGGCAGUUCAUUCAGAAUGAAAGAAAAUAAAAGGUAAAGGUAUGUGCAUGAAACAAGCAGCGUGAGUCAUAUUCAGAAGAGACACUGCCUCUGGGUCCCUGCCCUUCCUUCGCAGGAAUUGCAUUCCCUAAAACUAGGUUCAUUUCUUUCAGCUUUCCCAAUGCCACUCUGUAAUUCAAAUACUAUUUAAUGUUACUGAAUUAAGUGGACAUUGCUAACAGUGAUAAGGUUGUUCUGAAUUUGGACCUCUCUCUCGUCUCCAUGUAGUUUCCCCCCAGAAAACGCCAAAACUCCCAAUACUUUUCUCCCAAGGAUACGGGGACAGGGGAGAAGGUGAAGGGAAGAGAAUGCCAAGACCCGACACUGCAAUAAUAAAUCAGCAUACACAGCUCUGUACUCUGGAGUUAUCCUAAAUGACCAACUAGUGUGCUUACAAAAUUAAAGGAAAAUAUGAGCA